CUCGUGUUAGGAGGCUCUCUCUUAACGUCGCCGCGGCGGCGGUGCUUGCGGUGUUGCGUGCCAUUUUCGGCGCCGGGCACAUUUCCGAAUCGCGGCGGCGGCGGCACCGUUAGGCUUGAUCUCCCGAGUCGUCGUCCGUUCGCUCCUUUUGUUUCUUGUUCCAUGUCAUUUCCAAGAGUUGCUCCAGCUCGCUUUGUGUGCAGUGCGGGGCAGUAGAGUUUGCGAGCAGAACGCCCGCUUCAGGCGCAGCAUGAGAAGUAGCGUACGUAGGUGUGCGAUGCAUGCACGCGCGCAUAAUCACGCAAACAUGUAACGCCUUCUCUUUGACCUAAUGUACGUCCGCCGAUUUGGUUCGGAAACACUUUGGGUGUCCACGCGCUCAUAUUUAUUGCAUGCGUCCGUGUUCCGCGCCGCACGGGAGAGCGAGCGAGGGCUUUUUUUUGUGUGAGCGUGCAGAUGGAGCGGUGUGAGGCAGCUGCUCUGUGGUUCUCUGCGGAGCAAACGCGCUCGCAGGCGAAAUUACAGCGAGUUUAAAUGUCGCUUCGGGCGCUUGGCUGAAAUGGUUCAAAAUGGCGCAACAAUGGGGCGGUACUUGGGCUUUGAACUCUGCCCGCUUGCUGCUCCCAGUGGUGGCAUUUUUAAGGACAUAAUCAAAAUGUCCUCCAACUGCGAAUAUUUUCUACUUUUUCCCCUCUCGCCCUCGGCGUCGGCGCGCUAGAAAACACGUCAGCGGCCGAUGUGCGCAAGCAAGUUUACAUGCAUAUCCGGGGAUGUGCGUGUGAGGGAGUUUGGUUGAGCCGUGGACAAAAGGGCUGAACCCAGCGUGCAGGCGGCAGUUUCCGGGACUUUGCUGCGUGUUUUUUUUUUUUUUUUUUUUAAAUAAACUCUCCUGUCGGGGAGGAAACUAAGCGGGGACUUUAAGGAUGGACUUGACAGAGCAUGUGGCCAUGGAGAUAGUGAAGGUGUGGAGCGAGGACGGGGCUGGCAAAGUGGUGGAAAUCCCGGCGGACAUGACGGCCAGAGACGUGUGCCAGCUCCUGGUCUACAAGAGCCACUGUGUGGACGACAACGCCUGGACGCUGGUGGAGCACCACCCCAUCCUUGGCCUUGAGAGAUGCCUGGAGGACCACGAACUGGUGGUUCAGGUUCAAGCUUCCAUGAGCAGCGACAGCAAAUUCCUCUUCAGGAAGAACUAUGCCAAAUAUGAAUUCUUCAGGAACCCCCUGAACUUUUUUCCAGAGCAGAUGGUGGCUUGGUGUCAGGAGUCUGAUGGCACAAUCCCUCAAUCACAGCUCUUACAGAACUUCCUGAACUCCAGCAGCUGUCCAGAGAUUCAGGGCUAUCUGUUUGUGAAGGAACCCGGACGCAAGUCUUGGAAGAAGCUCUACAUGUUCCUGCGACGCUCCGGCCUCUACUUCUCCACGAAAGGAACAUCCAAGGAGCCCCGACACCUGCAGCUGUUGUCUGAUCUGGACGACAGCAACAUCUUCACCACCAUCACCAGCAGAAAAGUACACAAUGCGCCGACAGACUACCAGUUCUCCAUCAAGCCCAGUAAAUCGAGAGGGGACUGUAAGGAGCUGAAGAUGUUGUGCGCCGAAGACGAGCAGAGCCGGACGUGCUGGAUGACCGCCUUCAGACUUCUCAAGUAUGGCCUUGUCCUAUAUAAGAGCUACAGCGUCCCCCAGCAGAGGAAGACCAACCUCUCGCGAUUCUCCACGCCUGUGCGAAGUGUGUCAGAGAACUCCCUGGUGGCGAUGGACUUCUCGGGACGGACUGGCCGUGUCAUCGACAACCCCGUGGAGGCCCAGAGCGCUGCCGUGGAGGAGGGACAGACAUGGAGGAAACGGAGUCAGCGUAUGAAUGUCCUGGGCAGCCCGUCGCCCCUGCACCCGUCCUCUUUGAGCACAGUUAUCCACAGGACGCAGGUUUGGUUUCACGGUCGCAUCAUGAGAGAAGAAGCCCACAAAAUGAUCAUACAACAAGGCCAAGUAGACGGGUUAUUCCUCUUGCGGGACAGUCAAAGUAACCCCAAGGCCUUCGUGCUCACUUUGUGCCAUCACCAGAAGAUUAAGCACUUCCAAAUUUUACCGUGUGAAGAGGACGGUCAGGUGUUCUUCAGCCUGGACGACGGCGCCACCAAGUUCACCGACCUGAUCCACCUGGUGGAGUUCUACCAGCUCAACAGAGGAGUGCUGCCCUGCAAGCUCAAGCACCCGUGCACCGCCGUGGCCUUGUGACACUCCUUCUCCUCAGCCCUUUCAGUUUUUUUUUUGGUUUGCACACCUCACAGAUUUCCACCCGAGACCCUACCUUUCUGCCCCACGCCCCCGGUGAGUCCGAGUCUGGGUGAAGAAGUGAAGCGAGCUUUUCCGCUGCCUUAUUUCUUUUUGGAGGUUUGAAAAGGGCGCAGAACGUUGUGGAUUGUGGACUCCUGCGUCGCUGCCACGGAGACCGGAACCUUUGUGAUGGUGCACAGAAGCUCGUGAAUGAUGGCUCUCCUUCCAUUAGAACCCCCACCCCGUCCCCUUCCGAUCCUACUCUAUUUCCCCCCCAGGCCUGAUAAGCUGUGGUGCAGGAAGCGCCACCCUUCUUCUUCUUCAUUGAUCAUCAGGGAUGGAGGGGAAUCCCUCCGGGUCUCGAGCAAACUUUGGAUCCGGGAGGUUUUCUCAACCUGUGCAGUUCCAGUCUGGAUAAGCUGACACCAUGACACCGCCCACUCCACCAAACCACACCCACCCAAACCCCCACCCCAUGCGGUGUGGCUCUACUGCUGUGUCCGGGAUCAAGUCAAGCGCGAGGAGAAGGAUCUAAACGAGCAGAGGCUUAUCAGAAAAGGACAAAGGAAUGUUUCAUCAGGAAGGCCGUGACGAGCCUCUCUUUUAGACUUGAUUACUUGAUGUCAUUUUAAUGCUGUUUUUAUUACUGUUGAUUAAAUGCAGAACUAGUUUGCACUCGUGUGCAGGGAGAGAGCGGGUGGGGGGUGGCACCAGUCAAUCAUCAUCAUCCUCCUCCUCUUCCGAUUGGGAGAAACGUGCAAGUUGAUCUCCAUCCGCGCUGAUGGGAUUUCAAACGAGAGGAGGCAAAGAGAGUCACGGCUGACCAUGCGGGGCUUUCCGGAAGCUUUGAGAACAUCCCGGAGAUGUAUGUAGCUCACGGCGCCGUGGCCAAACUACUGUUGUAAUGGCGAGAGCAAGAGAGAGGGAGGGGGGGGGGGAAAGUGCAACUAGGAAGAGGAGGAGGAGGAGGAACGUCGGAAUCCGCCGAGACCAUUUGAAAUGAAAAGGGUUAUUUGUUGGCUUUGUGAAUGUCGUUUUGCUUUUAUUCCCCCGAGUCUGUUUUCAGGCUCGCUGCUUGCACAUUUUUAAUGAUCCAGAGGGUAGAGCGUCGGAGGCAUCCCGAAGACUCCCGCUAACCCCCACCCCCUUCGUCCCCACCGCCCCACUCAGAAAAGACAAAUCAAAGAAAAGCACUCCCACGAUUAUUGUUUUUUUUUUAAAUUUUGUUUUAGUUUUAGUUUUUUUUUUUUUGGUUUGUUUUUUUUUUAAGCGUGGAAACGAACAAAAAGACUUGAAGUGUGAAACUCAGCUGACUGCGCAUCAAACACACAAUCAAAUGAGCUUCACUUGCCUUAAGUGGAAACAAUGAGCCUUGUACAUACAAUUGAAACGUAUAUAUGAAGAUGCACACACAGCAAUGAGUAACCUUUUUGGGGGGUGGGAGUGGGGGGGGGGGGGACUGAUGCCACUGUCGCAACUAUAUACUAACUAUGGAGCAACAAAUGGCCACAAGCCUGGCUUUCAAAGUCCACCUAAAACCGUCUCUGAUAGCUCAUGUUCUUCAUUUAAUCCAUACACAAAGGAUUAUUACUUUUUUUAGGGGGGGGGGGGCUUGCUGCUGGGUGCGUUUUACUGUGCAAAGAUAAAUGUUGCUAGCUGGCUAAAUCACCCUCUUUCUUUUCACAGAUUUAUCAAACGUCAAACUCGGUCACGUCCUAAAUGCUGAAAAAAAGAAAGAAAAUAAAAACGCGACCCAAACCAUUUUCCUUAUGUCGGUUGGUUUAACGAUGGAGCAACAACCAGCUACAGUAGCUAGCCUGGCUAACUAGCUGGUUGUGACUAAAUCCACCCAAAAGACCCUCGAACGGAUCAUACUCAUCCUUUUGUCAUUCCAGGUAUUAUUCAGUCAAGUUGUAUUUAGUUGUUUUUAUACUGCACUCUGCAUUGCAGCAAGCAACAAAGGCUUUUGGGGGGUGUUUUCUGGCACUAAUGAGCUGUACAUUUGGCUAGCUCUUUGAAAUCGUCGGACUAACAUUUGAUUCAUUUCCUGGGAAAUGAAACUGAAAGAUGGUUUCUACCUAUUUGAUAAACAACGACAAUAUGCUAGUUUGUAUUGACGCGAAUGUCUUGGAUGCCGCUUGGUAGUAAGAAAUAUCGUGUUGAUUGCUACACAAAUAGUUUUGAACAUUCAACUUUUUUUUAAAAAAAUCAAUCCAAACUGCAGUUUUCUUUGAGUUCUUGUCUUGCGUGGAAGGAUGUUCCAAAAAUAAUUCCCCCUCCCACCCUACCGCAAAAUCCAUCUUGUACCAGAGCAGGGUUAGCACAAGGCGCAGCGCCAUGUCACUUUGCCCCACGCGACCAACCGGGGGCGGACUCUCUCCAGGGAUUGGAAAAUGCUUGAACCCCCCCCCGCAGCCCACUUGCUCCCACCUGUGUCCAGCCUGUAAGCUAUGAGCCUGUGGUGAAUAAAUGUGUGUGUGAGUGUGCGUGAGAGAGAUUUAGCGAGUGUAUGGCUCGACUGUUAUUAACUGCUGGUCAUCCAACUUGCCUUGUAGAGACCGUACGGAAAGUCAGGAAAGUGAAGGGAUGCAUUCGAUUCUCAUGUCACUAGAGGAGGGGGAAGUUUAACCACAUCACGAGACACCAGUAGACAAUUUUACACCCCCCCCCCACACACACACACAACCCCUCUCUUUCUUUUCAUUUGAAAUCACUGUGUCCAACAUGAAACAGCCAUCUAGUGCAUCCUUGGUUUCCGAAUGAAUAUGUGAAGACUAUGGUGGAGCUCCAACACUGUACCUUAGGUCAAAGAUCACUAUGUAUGGCUGUUAGGCUUUGCCCAUAACGCCGUGUAAAAUGAAGAAUGCUCUUUUGUCCUUCAUUCGUUUGUUCAUGAUGUGUACAUUGACAUUAUUGUGUAUUUGCUGAUCUUUUUUUUUUGUCACAAAAUGACCGUAUAGACAAUACAUAUAGUAUUAAUUUAACGUGCUCAAAUUUGUAUUGGAAGACUUCAAACUCGUCCAACUUCACUCGUAUUAGGGUCCACACUGAGAAAUGAAAAAAUGGUAAACUUGUGAGACAAAAUUCUUUAAAGCUACAAGACAAAAGUUGUAAUGUUACAAGACGGAUCGCGUAUUGUCGCUACAGACAAAGCAAGGACAGCCACAUGAACAAAGUCGUAAUAUGAACUGAAAAAAGGUAGUGGGCGGAGUUACAAAUUCUCAAUGGAAAAAGUUUGAAUUUUUACAUUUGUCAAUGGAGGGGUGAAAAAAUCCCAAAUUUCUGAGAAAUAAAUUGGGUUUUUUUCUGAGGGGAAAAGUGUGACUUUCAUGGAUUUUUAAAAAAGAAAUAAAGUGUAUAUUUGCAAGAAAAGUCCUAAUAUUCAGUGAGGGGAAAAAGUCAGAACAUGAUGGUAAAAUACUUUUUUUCCCAAUAAAAAGUAAUAAUAGAGGGCAAAAAAAUAAGUUAUUUUCUCUGGGUGAUAAAAAGUCACACAUUUUAAUUUAAAAAAACAUACAGAUAAUUAUAUCGGGGGGGGGGGGGGGUGCUAAAUUCCAACCAAAAGGUCGUAUUUAUUAUUUUAGUGAGCGAAUGAUAUUUCUGGUAAUCGUGUGACCAUAUUCCCAUAAAAUGAUAAAUUCUCAUCAGAUUACAUUCUUCUCGUGACUCAUUACCAUGUUUCCUGGUAGUGAUCGUUGUAAUUCUCUGCUUUAAUUUUUAAGUUUUGUUCUACUUUAGGUGGCCCUGAUACUUGUACUAGAUUCUCUUUGUUUCAUGUGAUGUUCAGUUAGCACCUCUCUGAUAGUGUCGCAUUGGAUGUCACCUUUCCAUUUCAAUUUUGCAGGAAAUAUUUUGGUCAUUAACCACGUGCACACACCAGUGUUGUUUCCAUGGAUGUAUAUUCUUUGGGGAUUUUAGUAGCAGCUUUCAGCAUGAAAGACAGUCUGCCGUUUUUCAGCGUAGCAGUUGACGUAGUGGCGCCUCCGGUUUCUUCAUAUGGUCCAUCCGCUCGUUCUUGAUUUUCCACUCGGUUGUCGUCAAGCCAAACAAGUCCAAUUGUCAACGGUGUUUUCAUAAGCUCAGUCAUCAUAAGCUCCAUUCAAACAACAAAACGUGUCAGGGAAAGGAAAACGGGGCAGAAAAAAAAGGUCCACACGUGAAUUGUGUUUCACUCAUGUUCUUUUUGUGCUUUUGCUUCAUAUUCUGUAAGUGUCUACGCAGCUCCUGGAUCGACAUUGUAUCCUGUUCAGGUAUUUUUUUGUACAAAUAAGGGACUGAUAUAUUCUCUGUUUAUUGGAAAUUAGAAUAAAAUAUGACGUUGCUAUAAACCAAA